CCAUGUCAUCCGGACGCGAGCGAGAGAUAUUUGGUCGCGACAAGAGAUUGAUCGCAGAGGACCGGGAAGUUCGGGAGAAAUUCCUCCAUAAGGUAGGACCAGCUUGGUGGAGCGUGCAGCACCCCGCGGCUUUCUGUCAUGGCGCCUAAGUUCGCCGAGGCUUCUACAGUUGAUGCCUGUGGCGCCCCCGAGCUUCCCAAGGACAGACCGGUAGAAUUACCGUGGCCGUCUUCCGUUCCAGGAGGCACAAGGAGAUUCUGUAACAAAAGCGAUGGUGGCGGCAGCGGGUGUUGGACGGCAGACUUCUCAGGAAAGGAGGACGCUUACCAGGUUCUUGGGGUUGCCUCAACUUGCAGCUCCGCCGAGAUCAAGGCGUCAUUCCGAAAACUAGCGAAGGAAACCCAUCCUGACCUCCAAUUCCGUGCAGAUUCGGCUGCCACUCAAAGGUUUCUUCAAAUUGUUGCGGCUUAUGAGAUUCUGUCAGACGCUGAAAGAAGGGCUCACUACGACAUUUAUUUGUUAUCUAAGAAGAAGCCAUCACUUCAAAGGAGAUCUUCGAGAGUUUCAACAGUGCACGUGUAUGAUGACCAUGUCACAGAAUCGGGGCAGAUAGAAGUGGUGGAGUGGUUAAAACGUUACCGUCUCGCGAUUCAUGACAUCUUGUCCGAAGAUAUUGUGGUGGGUUCUAGCUACUUGGAGCAACUAGAGGGCGAACUUUAUUCAGCUAUUAGAAAAGCGUAUUUUGGUCCGCAUAUCGAGUCCCUGGAUCUUCUGCCAGAGUGUUUUGAAGCAGAGGAAAGGUGUGGAGAAGAAACUGCAGAGGUGCUGCACCUGGUCUCAGGGCGCCUUCUCUUUGGAUUUGUCCAGAUUGUCAAUGAGCUUCCCGAGCUAUCAGUUGAAAGACUAUCUGCUCUGCCGUCUGCGGCUGCUAAAGUUCAAAAACCCAGCGAGGAUAUGAGUUUGUCCGCUGAUUACUCUGCACAUCGUUAUUUUGUGGAAGCUGAACCUUCAGUACAUGGCAACCUGGCAAAACAGCUUAUGCUGAAUGAUGAACAUGAAGUUGAUAAACCUGAUGCAUAUAAAGAUGUAGAGUUGCAUAUUGCAGGCAAUAUCAUUGCAACUGCAACAAGAGUUCCUCCCAGCCAGCCUCAUGGAGACUUGCCAACAGAAGGCUCUGAUGACUGCAUAAAUGUAUUCCUGUAUAGACAUUAUCAUAAUCAUGAUGACUACAGCUCGGCAUCUGUUUCAGCUACUCCAGCAGACUCCAAGAUUCUGCUAGGUACAAUCACUGGAUUGGGAACUAGCCCACACGAAGGUUUAUGCUCUGUCUAUGAUUGCAAUGGUAGAAAAACCCAUGUCAUCAUCAAACACAGGACAAUGUGGGUGAAGCACAUGCAUUGGUAUCAGGUUGGUGAUCGCGUUUCAUCUUGUGAAUGCAGAUGUCGGCGAGCGCAAUUACCUUCCAGCAGGUUUUGGCUGUUUGAACCACGUUGUGGUAUGCACAAUAUUGGUGGUUGGUAUGUUGAAACAUUUGGACGAGAUAAGAAAGGAAGAAUGGUUGCAUCUAAAAGGCAGUGGGAUGACAUUCAGGAUCCUUACAUGGAUAAUAAAACUGAAAGGAGGCUCCAUCCGGCAAUGUACUUAAUGGCACUUGCAUAUAGAACUCUUGACCUUGAAGAGGCAAGGAAGAAGAGAUUGUUUGUCCGAGAUGUGGUUGUACCAAAGCUAUCUAGUCUUGUAAGUUGGUGCAAGAAAUUUGUAUAAGCAUUAUUCUUUUAUGGUAUAAUAAAAUGUUACUUUAUGACU